CUAUCCAACACCGGAGGAAGGCUGAUAAUAGCAUCAGAUGGCAUAUGGUAUGCGUUAUCCAAUGAAGCAGCUGCACAAGCAUGCAGAGGAUUGCCUGCAGAACUGGCAGCCAAGCUUGUUGUUAAGCAAGCUCUGAAAACAAGCAGGCUAAAGGAUGACACCACCUGUGUCGUAGUUGACAUCAUCCCAUCUGAUCAUUUGACAACACCGCAAUUGUCUCCAAAGAAAAAUCAGAACAAGUUGAAGUCACUUUUUCAUAGAAGGUCGCAUACUUCAGUUGGAAAGCUUGGAGGAAAGUCUGCCUCCAUUGGUUGUGUGGAGGAGUUAUUUGAAGAAAGCUCUGCAAUGUUAGAAGAAAGGAUCCAAGGUGAUCCUUAGAAAACUACAAGUUCUCAAAUGGCUUUGUGAGGUGCUCAAGAUUCUGCAUACAUGAUGGAAAACACCAUGUGCAAGUGAUGCGAGAGCCCAUAUUAUCGAGGAGGUGGCCUUGAUCCUGCCAUCCAGGAGCAUCUAUGAUGGGAUUCAAGGUAUGGGAAUUCCAACUCUUUUGAUCUUGUGACUGAUUUUGUUAAUGAUCUUCUAUUUUCAUGCAUUAUGCACAUGUCAGGUACACUUCCAUUUUAGCAUUCGGUUUUGAUAGGAUUUUGACAUGAUUGAACUGUGUGGCAUCCUAUCCAACUGCUCCCGAGAGCCACUAACUGCCAACUAUACUGGCAUGGUGUCUAGCAGCACAGACAUGUCUGUGUCGUCUCAGCCUAUGAGUUUACUUUAGUUCCAAACAUGGUUUUUCACUUGUUUUUAUUCAUAAUAAUUUGGCUAGGUUUGAAGCAAUUUGUUCUCUUACUUGUAGUAAAGCAAAGGACACAUGAUAUAAUUUCUGGAUGACACUGCUGGUAUCAAAGAAAAAGUUUCUUAUUCCAAUUUACUACAGGUGCCACGACUAGCUAAUCAUGGAUGAAGCAUUUCUCUCCAGUUAUAUAAAAGAUUAUUAGUAUAUCAUAACCAGUAGUUAUAUUAUAAUUGUAAUUGUAAAUCAUCUUAGAAUACAUAUAAUCAGUUGUAUACUUUUUAGGUAAUAAUUAUUAGACGGGCAAGUGAUGUUGUUCAUUAUAAGUAGUUAUAUUAUGACAAAUUCACAAUGUUGUUCGGUUUGAUGUAGCAGAACUUGUUUACAAUGUUCAUUGGGUCUCUUGUACAAUUACUAUGAUAUCAUGGAAUCAGACAAGUGAUGCUAUAUUUUUAUUUGAACAAAUACAUGUGUA